AUGCUCUGUUUAUUAGGUGCCCAGCCCAGUGGUUCUGGAUCUGACCCUGAGCCCAGAGGGUUUUCUCCUCGGCUUUAUUAUUCAGUUCGCUGGAGAUUUAUUUGUUUAUUGUUAGUGCAUGGAAAGAUGGCGUCCCACAUUGUCGGAUACCCGCGCAUGGGCCCCAAGAGGGAGCUCAAGUUUGCCCUGGAGUCUUUCUGGGAUGGCAAGAGCAGCGCUGAGGAUUUGGAGAAGGUUGCCACCGACCUCAGGGCCAGCAUCUGGAAGCAGAUGGCUGAUGCUGGGAUCAAGUACAUCCCCAGCAACACCUUCUCCUACUAUGAUCAGGUUCUUGACACCACCGCCAUGCUCGGUGCCGUCCCAGACCGUUACUCAUGGACCGGUGGGGAGAUCAAUUUGAGCACCUACUUCUCGAUGGCUAGGGGUAACGCCACCGUCCCUGCUAUGGAGAUGACCAAGUGGUUCGACACCAACUACCACUUUAUCGUCCCUGAAUUGGCUCCUAGCACCAAGUUCUCCUACUCUUCUCACAAGGCUAUCAAUGAGUACAAGGAGGCUAAGGCGCUUGGCGUUGAUACCGUCCCAGUACUUGUUGGACCAGUCUCAUACUUGUUGCUCUCAAAGGCCGCCAAGGGUGUAGAGAAAUCAUUCUCUCCCCUUUCCCUUCUUAGCAGCAUCCUUCCCGUCUACAAGGAGGUUAUUGCUGAGUUGAAGGCAGCUGGCGCUUCAUGGAUUCAGUUUGAUGAGCCCACCCUUGUUAAGGACCUUGAAUCCCACCAAUUGUCUGCAUUCUCUGCAGCUUACGCAGAACUUGAGUCCGCACUUUCUGGAUUGAACGUUCUUGUUGAGACCUACUUCGCUGAUGUUCCCGCAGACUCGUACAAGACUCUUACAUCAUUGAGCAGUGUGACUGCUUAUGGUUUUGACCUUGAACGUGGAACCAAGACUCUUGAGCUUGUCAAGAGUGGUUUCCCUGCUGGAAAGUACCUCUUUGCUGGUGUCGUAGAUGGACGCAACAUUUGGGCUGAUGACCUUGCUGCAUCUCUCGCCACUCUUCAGUCUCUUGAGGCUGUUGUUGGGAAGGACAAGCUUGUCGUAUCGACUUCCUGCUCACUCAUGCACACUGCUGUGGACCUUGUAAAUGAGACCAAGCUUGAUGAUGAGAUUAAGUCAUGGCUCGCAUUUGCCGCCCAAAAGGUCGUUGAGGUGAACGCCCUUGCCAAGGCAUUGGCUGGUCAAAAGGAUGAGGCUUACUUUGCAGCAAAUGCUGCUGCUCUGGCCUCAAGAAGGUCGUCACCACGUGUCACAAAUGAGGAGGUCCAGAAGGCUGCUACUGCCCUCAAGGGCUCUGAUCACCGCCGUGCUACCACCGUUAGCGCUAGGUUGGAUGCGCAGCAGAAGAAGCUCAACCUUCCGGUCCUUCCCACGACCACCAUUGGAUCAUUCCCACAGACCGUGGAGCUCAGGAGAGUCCGCCGUGAGUACAAGGCAAAGAAGAUCUCUGAGGAGGAGUACACCAAUGCCAUCAAGGAGGAAAUUAGCAAGGUUGUUAAGAUCCAAGAAGAGCUUGACAUUGAUGUGCUUGUGCACGGAGAGCCAGAGAGGAACGAUAUGGUUGAGUACUUCGGUGAGCAGCUCUCUGGUUUCACAUUCACUGCCAAUGGCUGGGUGCAAUCUUAUGGAUCAAGGUGUGUCAAGCCACCGAUUAUCUACGGUGAUGUGAGCCGCCCCAACCCCAUGACUGUGUUCUGGUCCAAGAUGGCACAGAGCAUGACUGCUCGCCCAAUGAAGGGAAUGUUGACAGGCCCUGUCACAAUCCUUAACUGGUCUUUUGUUAGAAAUGACCAACCGAGGUUUGAGACUUGCUACCAGAUUGCUCUUGCAAUCAAGAAGGAGGUCGAGGACCUUGAGGCUGGUGGUAUUCAGGUCAUCCAAAUUGACGAGGCUGCUUUGAGAGAGGGUCUGCCACUCCGCAAGUCUGAGCAUGCUUUCUACUUGGACUGGGCCGUGCACUCCUUCAGGAUCACCAACUGCGGUGUGCAGGACACCACCCAGAUCCACACCCACAUGUGCUACUCCAACUUCAACGACAUCAUCCAGUCCAUCAUCAACAUGGACGCUGAUGUGAUCACCAUCGAGAACUCGCGGUCCGACGAGAAGCUUCUGUCCGUCUUCCGCGAGGGUGUGGUGUACGGUGCUGGCAUUGGCCCGGGUGUGUACGACAUCCACUCCCCCAGGAUCCCGUCCAAGGAGGAGAUUGCCGACCGUGUCAACAAGAUGCUCGCGGUCCUGGACACCAACAUCCUGUGGGUGAACCCUGACUGCGGUCUCAAGACCCGCAAGUACGCCGAGGUCAAGCCUGCCCUCACCAACAUGGUUGAGGCCGCCAAGCAGAUCCGUGCCGAGCUCGCCAAGGCGCAGUAA